AAAAAGUGGUAUUUCGAGAGACCGAAUUCUUGUCUGUUGCAGCCGUAGUGAGCCUCGCGCGCUAAUUUGUCGUGGACACCUUUAGUUCUCAUGGCCUCCAAUACAAACGGAGGACAACCCUAAGUUCAGGUUCCACGUUUGGAAGCCGUGCUUCAUGAGUGUCCCCGAAAUCAGAAAAGUAAAAAUAAAAUGCCUUCCCAUUCCCGGCCGGGUGGAAACCCACAGUUUGAGCAAAGGUCGCCCGUAUAAGAUCCAACUGAUCUUCGCAGCUUCCGAGGACAUGCAUUUCAUCAGCACACUAAUCGCAACACACAAAUCCUACCAAGCAGAAAAAAACAGGGCCGCAUACCCAGACCAUCCACCCCUACCCAGACCAUUCCACCUAUCCAGACCGGCCCUACCCAGCCCAGCCCCCUCCCCGCCGGCCCUACCCAGCCGGCCCAUCACGUCACGUGACCCCGGCAACACGUGACCCCGGCAUCUCAUCUCCGUCUGCUCGCCCAACGCCAAAA